AGCUGUCAUGGAUGUGGUUUUUCACAACCUUAACUCGGCAUCUGGACUCAAAAAGCUUGAUGAGUAUCUCCUUCCGAGGAGCUAUAUCACAGGCUACCAAGCUUCAAAGGAUGACAUUGCUGUGCAUGCUGAAUUCUCUGCUCCACCAUCGACAGACUAUGUCAAUGUGUCUAGGUGGUAUAACCACAUUGAGGCAUUGUUGAGGAUGAGAGGUGUAUCUGGUGAGGGACAAGGCGUGAAAGUAGAAGGGUCUACUACAAUAUCUGAGGAAGCUCCAGCUUCUCCAACUAUUGCUGAAACUAAGGCCCCAGUUGAAGAGGAUGAUGAUGAUGAUGUUGAUCUAUUUGGCGAGGAGAUAGAGGAGGAAAAGAAGGCUGCCGAGGAGCAUGCAAUUGCUGUGAAAGCAUCCGGAAAGAAGAAAGAGAGUGGAAAGUCUUCAGUUUUAUUAGACAUUAAACCCUGGGAUAAUGAGACAAACAUGCAAAAGCUUGAAGAAGUUGUAAGGAGUGUUAAAAUGGAGGGAUUGCUAUGGGGAGCCUCAAAGCUUAUUCCGGUUGGAUACGGAAUCAAGAAAUUGCAGAUCAUGUUGACCAUUGUGGAUGACUUGGUAUUUGUAGACAACCUCAUCGAGGAUCACCUGACUGCUGAACCAGCAAACGAGUACAUCCAGAGUUGCGAUAUCGUCGCAGUUAAUAAAAUAUUGGAAGGAGACUAG